AUGUUAGUACGGCUCAAUGCUUCGUGUACUCACCUUGAAUUGCACAGGCCUGUGGUUUGCAAGGGUCUCCGCAAGAACUCAUUCAGUAUUUGGCCUGGCCAGUUGCUAAAUUAUAUACUAUUUUUCAGGUCGUGCGCCGCCUCUUUUAACCAAGGGGAAAUUGAUGAGUCCUAUUUAAGGGGCACAAGAGGGAAAAACAAGUAUCUAGUCAAUCUCCUUCCGCAAAUUCCCACCGUCAUGUCCGAAGAUGUUCCAGAAGAGCUUUCGUCGGCCGUUUCGAGCCAGUCGUCCAUCAUCAAGCCCAGCAUCCUGGCCUCAGACACGCGGUUCUUCACUUUCAAGAUGUUUGGCGGAGCAGGCCAUAGUCCUGCGCCCAUCAAACUCGAGGACGUGAUUAUUGCUGGAUCAAACUUGGAGCUCCUAGCACACACCAACACAUGGGGACUGCUCCAGUUCAAAUUACGGCGGCAAUCGCUCAAGAGACUGCACGGACUAUAUGGGCUAUUACUUGAUCUGUGGAGCUGGGUCCAAUGGACGCUGCUGGUUAUGGAUGUCUACUUCUGGUGGAUUAUCUAUUCUUUAGGGGUUUUUCCCUCGUCAGGGGGCAAAUCGGUGGACCCUAGUACUGCCAUUUCUCAGAUGUCCAAUGAGCCCCCAUCACAAUCUAGAAUUAGGAGGAUAUUACAGUUACGUACCACGAUUGGCAACCACGCACUAGCGCACUCGCUGGCAGCAAGCAUACCAAAAAAUCAAUUGAUGGUUAGACAAGCACUGGCAGGCAAACGGGUCCCUAAACAUUUGAUGGUCAUCUACGAGUUGAAUCCCUUGGUUGUGCCUCCACCCAGAGAACUGCCCACUCCUUACUUGACAGCCGAAAAGAAGAUUGUGGUUCCCGAAAAGAAGGAGAUUUCCCAGGUGCUAUCUGAGAGAGCCGAGUGGGCAGCAGCCCACCACACGCACAAGGCCUCAGAGGUAAUGAGAGUGUGUGCGGAGUCUGCAAGGCUGGUCGCAUGGGCACUUUUCUCGGGAAUGAAGUCCGUCACGCUUUACGAAAGAAGCGGCAACCCUUGGAAAAACUUGGACAGACUGGGGUCAAUGAUCCAGACAGAGGUAUCAGCUCUGAGUGACGGCGAGUCUUUUGAGAAGACCUGGAUCAAGCUGUUAAGAGUGAACAACUCCGAGACCAUAACGAUAGAAAACAGUGAGAUACACCAUGAAUUGCCGGAUAGACCAUCGGACGAGGAUAGUGGACUUGCAAAGUUACAGCCGGCACCGGUGAGCUCGCAGCUGGAGUCGGCCCAGAUCUCAGAGACUUAUUCUGCAGGAGACGGGCUGACAGUUAAGUUGGUGAGUGAAGAAGAUGGCGAGCAAAGAGUGGUCAGGAUGGUCAGGAAUUUUGUGCAAUUUGACGGCGACGUCUCUGAUAUUGAGUCGUAUGUAGACAAAGAGCUGGCUGUGCUGGACUCCCCGGAACUGAUUAUCAAGUUUGCCAGAGAACGGGGGAUGCCGCAAUCUCUAAAUGGAGCGCCAAUCUACAAUUUCGAGAACCGUCCAUUGUUUGCAGUCACACGGGACCACACCAACUUCCCUUUCUUCAUACAAGCGGUCGAUCUAUACUCGCAAGCCGCAGCUAAAAAAAAUUGA